AUGUUAUUAAUUUGCUUGAUAGGAAUUGCAAUAUCUCAUGCUUUAUGGAGUUGUGCGAGCACAUUUAGCGUCUUUGUCUUGGCAAGGUUUAUUGGAGGACUGAGCAAAGCAAAUGUUAGCCUAAGCAUGGCAGUUGUUACAGACGCUUCUGAUGAGAAGACUAGAGCACGAGGAAUGGCUCUCGUAGGGUUAGCUUUUUCUAUCGGAUUCAUAGUUGGCCCAAUGGCUGGCGCGUGGUUCGCUAAAACGAACGAAGCUUACUUCGGUUUGUGGGGGCAGAGACCGGCGCUAUAUGCGACGUCUCUUUCACUCGCUAACAUCGCUCUAGUGCUGCUGUUCUUACCGGAAACGCUCACGAAGGAAAAGAGAGCACCCCUCUCUCUAUCUCUUUCCAAAGCGGUCGAAUACGUUUCUCCCUGGCACCUGUUGAGAUUUACCGCCGUCGAGAAUCUUUCGUCGCACCAGAACAAAGUAUUAUCCAAAUUGGGGUCGAUUUACUUCAUAUAUCUAUUUAUUUAUUCGGGACUAGAAUUCACCAUAACCUUUUUGACGCAUCACACGUUCUCAUAUACAGCUAUGCAACAGGGGAAAAUGUUCUUAGUUAUAGGUUUAAUAAUGGCGGUGCUCCAAGGCGGCGCAGCAAGGAGGCUGGGCCCUAAAGGGGCGGAAAUGGCGGCUCGCUUGGCCUUGGCACUCACCCCCACAUCCUUCUUGUGUGUGGCAAUGGCGGCGUGCAGAAAGCCCCCUCUACUGUCGCCCGUGGUAUGGCUGUGGGCAGGCCUAGUCCUAUUCGCCUUAUCGACCGCUUUCGCGGUGUCAUGUAUGACGUCGAUGGCAGCGGCGCAGGCGCCGAGCGGGUCGCGUGGCGGCGUGUUGGGAGCCCUGCGCUCUUUGGGGGCCCUUGCACGCGCCGCUGGACCCCUGCUCGCCUCCGCAGCUUAUUGGUGUUCCGGUGCAACAAUAACGUACUCCCUUGGAUCAAUAAUUCUUAUCAUUCCCGCUGUGAUGCUAUUUAGACUGAAGACA